AUGACCUGGAUAUCUAAAUCUGUCACCGGCCUAGGUCUGCUGUUACUCACGCAUGCUUGCUACUCUGCCCACGAACACUCUGCUCUCCACUCAACAAGCACCGCAUCCUUAUCAUCCAUGGCAUCGCAUACAGCGGUUGCAUCGACGGUCGCCUCUCUACCGAUCGAUAUAUCAAUCGAAACUGUUGUAGCCGUGUUCGUCAUUUGCUUGGGGCUGGUGCUUGGAACUCCAGAAUUAAGACCAAUACAAUGGCGCGUCUGGGCUGGCAAGAUCGAGCGUGAAGGAGAGAAAGGCUUCACAAACAGUGAUGGAAAUGUAGAUAAGGACUAUGUGGGAAAUCCAUUCAGGAUGUUGGAGAGUCGGCCAGGCUUCAUAGAUAUCCGGAAGCAAAGGAAAGAGUUUGCAGAGUGGGUCAGGGAAGGAGGAGGGACUGCUGGAGCAUCCAAAAGCUAG